AACGCUCGCAGUUUUGACCUGCGUCAGAGCGCGUGCGCAUUCGCUAGUUUGCUCAGUUUCAGUGCAGUGAUGGCGUUUCUCGAAGGACCGUCGUUGAAGCAGGCGGAGGUGAUCAAGCAGGAGCUUGGGGAAGGGCCCGGGGACCUGGAGAGAGGGGUCCGGGACCUGCGAAGCAUGCUCGCCGCCUCGCCCUACUUGCCCGAGCCAGACAGCGUAGAAAAACAAGUUCUCGAGAUGUUCGUCCGAGGAUGCCGCAUGGAUUUGGAACGAGCAAGGAACAAAUUGAAAGCCUUCUUCCUCUCCCGGUCGCGCUUCCGAGAUCUCUACGAAUACACCUCCCUUAGCGUUCCUCCACUCAACGAGGUCUGCAAAUUCAUAGAUGUAGUCCCGUUACCAAAGUUGACUGAUGAGGGCUAUCGUAUAACGAUCGCACGAGUUCGUCCUGGGUAUUCGGAUAGCUCAGCUGACAUCACAGACGCCACUAGAGCAGUUCUACUCGUCAGUGACGUGCGAAUGCAUGAUGAAACGAUGAUUGCUGGUGACGUCUUCAUUUGGGAGGUAUCAAACGUUCGCGCGUCUCUCGCGGCAAAGGUGAUGGCAGCAGCAAGCGCAGUGCGGCGGAGUAUCUACCUGGCACAAGCGGCGUAUCCUCAGCGGAUGAAGAGGAUCCACGUGGUGGGAGCGCGCCCUUUCCUUGCUUCCUCACUUCAGCUGAUGCGCUCCUGUGUCAACGAGAAGGUCCGACGACGGUACUACAUCCAUUCUAAAGUCGAAGAGCUCUUGGAACACAUUCCAGCCAGGGUACUGCCUGAGGAAUGGGGUGGCCAGGAAGAAUCCAUCGACGCGUUAGCUCGGCGGUGGAGAAACCGAGUGGACGACCUCAGUGAUUACGUGAAAAACCUGAAAGAUUUAAGCAAUACGACUCCAGCGCCUAUUAUGGACAACGAUAUGUACGGCACAGUUGGUGCGUUCAGAAAACUCGAUAUCGAUUAACCAAAACCGUACCCGGACAUCACUGGUCGCGUUACACCCGCCAGCCGGGCUAGGAUGCACGCCGUGAUAAAAUCUUAUCGACGAUUUUAGACGGCAAAUGUAUGGGCCUAUCGCGUAAAAUCGAUAAAACGGCGUGAUAAAAGCUUAUCACGGCGCGCAUCCUAGGCCUACAGGAGAGUACCUUAGGAGAUUUUGUACUAUAUCAGAAAGAAGAGUUGAUACUUGCCGGUUUUAUUGUUGGUAAGGAGCAUUAUAGGAUUUGAGUUCUUCGCACAAACCAAAGAAUGUGCAAAAAUGCUCAAAAACAGCAAUAACUUACAACUGAGAGAAAGCCAUUUUUGAGCUUAACGUCUUAUUAUAUUAUUAUCAUUCUAUUUUUAAGAAAUAGCGUUAUUAUAGUAUUUAAAUCACUACUUGCCUAAUUAAGUUUAGGUAGGUAGGUAGGGUAAUUUGUAUUGUGAUACUGUUUUUGAUAGGAUAUUAAUUUUGUUGUAAAAUUGUUUGGUCAUAUGCGUGUAUCGACUGUGUGUGUACGUACACCUAUUGUUAAAUAAAUAAUUUAC